AUGCAGGAGCAAAAAAGAAGUGCCAAUGCAGUUGCAAUCAUGGAUGGAGCAAUGGGAACUUUACUGGAGGAUUAUGGAGUAGAUAUGGAUAAGGCAAGUCCCAUGUGGUCAUCCACUGUUCUUCUUUCGAACCCAGAAUUGGUUCAACGUGCUCAUCAGGCUUAUAUAGAUGCAGGUUGUGAUGUGCUACUUACAUGCACGUACCAAAUGUUUGAGGAAGGAUGCACAGCAUCAGGAGUAACGAUGUCUGAUUUAGUCGAUUCCGCAGUUAAGGUCGCACGUCUUAGAAUGCCAUUACGAAAGAAAGAGGUGAAUUUAAAAUUAAAUAAUAAAUGGAGUAAUACUUUAACUGGUCCAUCACAUAUUUUUGCCCCUUUAUUUUCUUCUUUAGAAGAUCCAUCAGAAAGAUAUGUUUUGUUAGCUGGUAGUUUGGGUCCAUAUGGUUGUUCUUUUCCAGGAGGUCACGAAUAUCGUGGUGAUUAUGAAGUGAAUGAUUCUCUUAUUGAUACAUUUCAUGGUGGACGAUUAUUAUCUUUUGUGGGAGAAUCAGGUGAAAAAGCUUUUCUUAAGGUGGACUUUUUGAUUUUGGAAACUUUUCCUAAACUGGAUGAGGCAGUAAAGGUAUUGUUGUGGAUGCAGCAGCAGAAGGAGUUUCCAAACAAAAUUCUCGCUACAGCGCCGGUAUGUUUAAGCUUUGUCUCUGCUCCCAUAGAGUCAUUCUUUCCAGAAGACGGUGAUGAUAAGGCGUUAAGUGAAUGGUGGGAAUUACAAGAAUCACAAUCACGUCUUCCAGAUGGUAAUACGUUUGAAGAUGCACUCAUUAAACUUCAAAAAUGUAAUGCACUUGGAUUGGCGGGUAUUGGUUGUAAUUGUUCUCUUCCACUUGAAGUAAGUUUUAUGGCCAGUGUCAUGUUGAAAAAGAAACGUCUUGAUAAGGAAAAUCCUCUUGCCUUACUUAUUUACCCAAACUCAGGUGAGUUUUUUGGAAAUGGAGAGUGGUAUUAUAAAAAGGAGAUCAAAAAAGAUUUAUUAAUGGGAUUAGGAAAAGAAGAAGUUGAUUCCAUACAGACACUUAAAAGAAAACUGGCAACGGGCCAUGGUGAUAUCUGCACUUCCUUACAGUUUAUUUUACAGCUUCUGCAUCAGCGAGAUGAGACGGAAGAUUGGUUAUUCAAAGUGAUUUUGUAUGGAGGUUGCUGUCGUUCCACACCGGAAGACACUACAGCACUAAAGCGUGUGUGUUUGGGUUCUUGA